AACGAAUUGUGACUGUAUCGACAUACACGUUCCCCGUUUUUUGAAUUUUCUUUUGAAUCCACGAUCUCAACGCCCAGCCCCAUCGUCAAUGUGUACAAUUAAUACCGUUUGCAUGCGAUCGAAACAGGCGUCCCGUUCGUUUCAUUUUUCAGACAGUACUGGAGUACUCUUCAUCUCCCAUGUGCCCCUGCUUGAGCGUCUUUCUUUCUUCUACUCGUGAGCACAGUUUUUACCCACACGCUUUAGAGGCAUACGUUGUAUCGUUAAACGAAACAAACCAUUCCUCCGUCGAACGUAAGAAUGUCCUACGACGACGAUCCUCAGGAACGACGAUCGCUUUCCGUCUAGGCCACGAUUUAACCGAAACUCUUUCCUCGUGAUUGCAGAUUACACGAAGAUGAGAUACUUCAUGAGUCGCGUGACGAGGGACCGUAGGAGAUCUCGCGGCCAGGGACGUUUCGCUUGCGACAACUGCGACCGUCGUUACCAUCAGAUGAAGAACCUCAGGAGACACGUGAUAAACGAAUGCGUGGAGUCCCAGUAUCCCGCAGUCUCGGCGUUUAAGCAUACCUGCGCCACUUGUGGGAAGACGUACAAGCACAAGCACCAUCUGAAGAGGCACCACGACUUCGAGUGCGGGAUCGAUCCGAAAUUCAAGUGCGCGUUCUGUCCACACAGGACCAGGGUCAGGCUACAGCUCGUCGAACUGGACGGUGCCGACGUUGCCAUCGACGUCGAGGGUCAUCUCGUACACCAGGCAUCUACGAUCCACGACGAUGAAGGACGAGCAGGGGAUCGCUCAUCGUUGGGGCCCCAGGAAGUACCGCUGCACGGAUUGCAAUCGAACAUUCUCGUUGAUGGCCUCCAUGGCCCGUCACCGUAUAUUCGAGUGUAACAAGCAGUCGCAAGGGUUCGAGAGGGCUACGCAAGACUCCAUCGACAGCAAGAAGAUGAAAAAGAAGAGAUUCGGUUGUCCCGACUGCAAUCGCGUCUACGCGGCCUUCACGUCACUUUGGAGGCAUAGGAACUACGA